CGUUUGAUAGUACACUUAACGGGCGAGUCCAUUUUCGAUGAAGGAAGACAGGUUUAUAUACGUUUGUUUAUAUGAAGGAAAUUCAGUUUAAGACUAGAGAUUGAGGGGAACACACGACUUGCGGACAUUUCGCUCUUCUUUUUUUCCUGCCUCCGGCAAGAAACAAUUUAACUAGGUCAAAACCAAGUGUGUUCUGUGUUGCUUGGUUUACUAUAUCAAAAUUCCUUUGGAAAAAAGGGGGAUUUUUUUUUUUACCUUAAAGAGCAGGGCAAACUCUCCAGGAUUAGUGCCAUGGAAUUUUCAGAGAUGAACUCUUAUAAAAUAUUUAUUCGACCUGCAACUGGGGGGAAUUUUGAAGUUCGGGUGUCCCAAGACGAAACUGUGCAGGGACUGAAAUGGACCUUAUCCAGGAUGUUUAGUAUUCACCGAGAAAGGAUUACACUUCUUCAUCAAAAUAAGAACAUAAAACAUGGUUUCCUGAGAGAUUACGACAUUCACGAGGGCAGUGCAUUGACACUUAUCCCAAACAUGGAAGCUGGCCUCUCGUUUCAUAAAAAAGAGAGUGGGGUUAUGCAAGCUUUAGAAAGUCUAACGGAUUCACAGAUAAGCGAGUUCCUAUCAGGAAGGGCACCGCUGGUCUUAGCCAUGAGACUGGGGGACCACAUGAUGUUCAUUCAACUUCAACUAUCCACACAGACUGGGGCAAAACGAGCCCGCCCUUCUUCAGUGCAGCUCCCAACCCCCAAAAACAUGACUGUACAUGAUCAUCAAGAGGUCCCCUCUCCUACCUAUAUACCACACGCAGGGAGCAACGGAUUUCCCUACAACCUUCAUCAAUUUCGGAGUUUCCCCGAGUCUGAAAAAAAUUGCCAAACUCCUAGCUAUAAUCAGGAAGUAGUGGACAACUCUUGCCAUGAAUGUCGCGGUGCUGUAAUAGAGAGUGUACAGGACCUUGGUCGAGGGAUGUACUCCGGCACAUUCUCAGGGACAUUGGAUCCCUCUAACUAUUCUGUGGAAGGACGACCUCGAAGGGACCUAACAACGAUCAUCCAUAUCCUGAAUGACCUCCUUAAUGCAGUCCCUCAUCACAAGCCAGAUUCAUUUCUCCAUCAACCACAAAAGUCACCCACCACUUCACAAUUCACAGAGAGACGAACUCACGACCCCAGCUAUACAGAAGUGGACAGUACCAAUAUACGCAGCAAAGUUAGGCAUCUUAAGAUGAUGAUGGAGGAGAAAAAGCAGCGCAGAAAGAACAGACGGACUUCACAGAGUCCUUACCAGUGGCCAAGGAAGCAGGAGCGCACUUACAAAUCUGACAACGUACCAGUCGCAGAUUGUCUCCGCACGGAGAACCAGGUCCCUAAAGACUCUUACAAAAAUCUCAAGAACGAAACAGUGGCUGUCUGAUGAUGUCUCCUGUGACCUUGGGUCAGUUUUCCCCCAUAAACUGACAUGUAUUUGUUAGUUUUUAAUGGUCUUUCUGUUGUGGUGGUUUUAGAAACCAUUCUGCAUCAGAAAGAUGAGGGCAUUUUUUGUUUUGUUACACUGUUCAACUUUUGACCAUUGUCAAUUGUUGGAGCACUUGAUAUGACUGCUGAUAGUACAUUAUGCAUUUCUAGCCAGGUCCCCUAUGCUGUAUCACAGGUACCACUCUAUAAACGCACUUCACAGGUUUUUCCUCACCAAAUUGUGAAGUCCACUUCAUAUGACAUCAAGUACCGCGGCCUACGGGGAUCUAGCAUACUAGUGCUACGUAGCAUUGUGUAUUUUUGUUGACAAGACAGCCCAGGCAAUGUUGAGCUGUAUGUUAGAGCUGGGAAAUAUGUAACAAAUAAAAUGCUAGUCGAUUGGUGUUGUGAACAAGCUGCAGGCCCAUGACAAAAGGGGUUCAUCCUCAUGAACAACUGCAUGUUCGUUAUUUACAUAGUAGACUGGGAACAAGUUCACGUACUUGAACCCUAGAGAUCUUGUAGUGGUUUAUUUUUGUGUGUGUACACUUUAUAGAGGCAAUUGUGCCCAGUGCCUAAAACUUGUUGUCUUUUAUGGCCAGUAUAGCAGUACUUCUACCCCCCAUCCCCCUUGAUUUAUUAUUGUAUUUGCUUGAUUAUAACAGUUUGUAACUUCACCUUUAUCAAAAUCUCUUACCAGGUUGAAAUCUUCAUAUCAAUUUUGUUUUUAUUUUAUUCAUUUUUUUCCCUUCUUUUUGGUCGAUCAACUUUUACAUUUCUUUCCCGUUUCUUCAAACUGAAACAAAAGUAAUCUAUAUCUGCAGUGUAAAGUUGUACUGCUAUAGAAAAUAUAUCAAAUAUAAAAAAAAAUUGUGAAUAAUGAUAAAACUUUGGAGAUGGGCCAAAAGUAUUUCUAUUUUUAUUUAGUAUGACUUUCUAUUAUUUCAGAAGGCAUAUCAAUUCCAAUUAAAAGCUGGUUGACUCAAUUCAUGACACUAUAGGGCAGAGAUUUAUUUAUUUUCAUCAUUUGUAUUUCAAUUUGUACAUUUAGUUCAUAUAUUGUUUGUCCAAAAAGUUGGAAGAAACUAUUUAAAAAAUUUUGUUGUUGAUCUCAUGUGUAUGUAAACGAGAUUUAGUCAACAGCUGCUUUGACGCACAUAUUAGUGUUGUUUACUGUAAGUAAUCUAUAGUGAAAACACCAUGCAAAGUAUUUCAUUUCAACAUAUUCAGGUAGAUAAUAUGCAAAGUGGGCAACUAUUAUAAGAAGUUUAAAUAGGUUUCAUGUCUUUAUGAAAUCAACCUAUUUUAUAAUAGGGCACUGAACGGAAACUUGUUGGUAUUGGCUCAUUAUAUCAUAAAGAUCAUGCGUCACACAGGCAUUUAACAGUGACCUACAGAUGUGAAAGGAAAAAAAAUAAAUUGUCAACUUCCUUGUGUAAUCUUGUCAAAUUUAUCUACACUGCUAGUGUCCCUGGUAUAACCUGUUACCUACAGUUCCCAAUAAUCUGGUGUAAUAAUUCACCACUCAACAUUAACACGGAAUAUUGACAGGUGUCCCAGGCACCUCUUAUUACCCAACCUUUAUAUAAGUGAUUAAAAUUUCAUAAUUUUUCUCUCUCGAUCAAACUUGUUGUAUAACAUAUUUUAUUUUUCAUAGUGUAACUUUGAAAGCUAAUGUUAAUUUUGGAUGUAAAAAUAGGUUUUCUAUAUUGUAGAGUUAUAUGAACACAAUUUACAAUGACCUAGCUCAUGUGAUGUACGGAUCUUGAUCACGCCCCCACCAUUCGUAUCUUAUCUGUGUUAUAUAUCUCAAUAUUUGUAAAAUGAUGUAGUUGUCCCCCUCAUAUUUGUCCAUUAUUUUAUUGUUCACUAUUGUUUUCAUUAACUGGUGUUAGUUAACAGUUUGCUACCAAUAUUUUCCUAUUGAUGCAAAGAUAAUAAAAAGUUUGUGAUUAUUAA